UCCUCCUCUCGUGAGAGCCUGGAGGCUUGCAAAGGGCGAACCUCCUCUUUUCUCUUCCCCUCUGCACACCACCCAGACCCCAGUUCCUCUUCCCCGAAGGCUCCAGGCACAGAGGCGGGAGAGUGCCAGAUUGGUGGCUGGGACUGGGGGAACUCAGAUAAACUUCAGCCCAGCCCCUAAGCCCCCCGCCUCCUGGAACACUACAAAGAUGCAGAGCGAUCUGCGAAAGGUGUCUGGAAAGAGGGGCACCAGGGCCUGGUUGUCCUGUUUCUCUCUCCUGUUGCUGAUGGUCCUGCUGCGGACAGCUGGGAGUCAAGGUCUCUCCUGCACAGUGUUCUCAAACAACGUGGACUGGAGCCAGUGGUUCCAUGAUACCUGCCUCAAUUUCAGUGGCCUGGGCCUGCGCCUGCCAUGGAACCAGUCCCUGCAGGCCAGCAGCCUGCGAGUCCUCGACCUGUCUGCCAAUGGCCUGCACCAGUUCCCCCCAGCUUUCUUUGUUAACCUGCAGCAGCUGCAGACGCUGAUUGUCACCCACAACCCUCUGAACAGUGUGGACCAAUGGCUGGCCUGGCGCUGUGACCUGGAACUCAAGGCAGACUGCAGCUGUGCCCUGGCCUCCUGGCACAAGGUUCGCAGGGACAACUGCUCGGGCCAGCAGGAGCCUCUGUGUAUGCACCCAGCCUCUGUGUCCCAGCAGAAUCUCUCCACCUUCCUCGCAAUCAGCUGUCCCCCCGGCUUGGCCCCAGGGACCAUUGGUGCUAUGGUGGCUGGUGGGGUCAUUUUCCUGAUCCUGGCUAUCGCUGGAUCCGUGCUGGCCUGGAGACUGAAGGGACACACACAGACCAACAGCCAGGGCCUCAGCAAAGCCGCGGGUUCACAGGAUGCCCCCAGACCGGUUUCAGGCUUCCAACUGAGGUACAGCAGCCAGAGCCCCGGCCCCAAGGCCCAGGACACUCCAUCAGGCAGAUCCACACCUGACUAUGAGAAUGUCUUUGUGGGCGAACCGGACAAGGAACACAGCUGGUCUGCAGCCAGGGCCCACCUUUCCAAGGACAGUGACUUCUACAUGAAUUACAGGGGUCCUAGCCCAGACCCUCAGCCUGUCUACUGCAACCUGGAGUCCUUGGGUCGUGCCCUGCCUGCUGAGGAGGAGUACGUGGUCCCCGGGCGCUGAACCUGGGAUACCACUUGGGUUCCCACCUGGAGUUUCAGGUUCCAGCUGGUCCCUGGCCUUCCUUUGCCCAUCUGAGCCAUGGGGCCAGAACACUGAACUUUAAGGCUCCCCAACAUUCUGCUCUCAGACACCAGAGGAGCACAGGAGGCAUCCCAACAGCAGAAAGAGGGUCAGUGACUGAACACUGCUGUCCCUCUCCUGUUGGCAUGCCAGUGGCACUCAAUAAAUGCUUUGGGACAAAUGAG